AUGCCGAAGAAUACGAAUUGCUACGAACCAAUAAACAACCACACGAUUAAUCGUAUUAAAAUUACUAGUGAUUGCAAUACAAUAGACGAAGCAGAACCAUGUAUUACUCAAGAAAUUACGACAUUACUCCAACCCGUAUACCCUGUCGUUGUAAUGUCAGCGCUUGAGUUUCUACCAGGUUUCACAUGUAUCAUUCUAGCAGGACAUAUUCAGUCUCCUUAUGCCCAACAAUAUGUGGAUGCUGCUACUUUAUCUACUAUGUUUACCAAUAUUACCGCAUAUUCCAUUGGCUGUGGAUUGACAUCAUCACUUGAUACAUUAUGUUCCCAAGCUUAUGGUGCUAAACGAUUUGGCAAGAUUGGGAUAUACUUUCAAGCUGGAGUUCAGAUUAUUGGGGUCUGUCCUGGACCAAUUUUCAUUCUCAAUUGGUAUUCAGAGAGUUUUUUGCUUCGAAUGGGUCAAAAUCCACAAGUGGCAAAAUUAGCGCAACAAUUCUCACGCUGGUCGUUACUUGGUGUUCCAUUUGUUUUCCUCUACGAACUCAUGCGGAAGGUUUUACAAGCACAAAAUAUUAUGAAACCACUAGUAGCUAUUGCAGCUGUUGGGAAUAUUGUCAAUAUCGUAUCGGGCUAUUUACUGACAUAUCACUCCUCAAUGGGAUUUGAAGGCAUUGCUCUAUCAAGGUCGUUCGGCAACAUGGUGUUGCCAAUUUUAUUGAUCCCGUAUUUCUACUAUUCUCCACAUCACCUAAGUCAGUGGUGGCGUGGUUGGGACAUGCGAGAAGCUCUAGCACACGUCGGACUCUUUAUAAAACUAGGAGUUCCUGGAUUUUUGAUGAUGGCAACGGAAUCGUGGGCUUUUGAGUUUCUAACGCUGAUGGCAGGUGUGUUACCAAAUGCUGUUGUAGCUGUCACUGCUCACGCAGUGUUGGUAAACAUUAACAACAUCCUCUAUAUGGUAUUUGCUGGUCUUUCCGUUGCCUCCAAUAUCCGUAUUGGCACUUGUCUUGUUACACUGUAUCUGUUCCGCGCCGUCAUUCCAAGACUCUUUCUGGAUGAUGCUCAGGGCAUCGCACGAGCAGCUGGCGUCUUGGCAGCAUGGGUGCCACUGGAAGUGCUGGAUGGUCUCAAUGCGGUACUGCAGGGCAUUUUUCGAGGAGCGGGCAAGCAAAAAGUUGCAGCUACUGUCAAUGUGGUAGCCUACUACGUGUUUGGCAUUCCUGUGGCUGCACUGCUGGGCUUUCACUUCUUCCUAGAAGUUGAAGGGCUCUGGAUGGGUUUUGGUUGUGGCAUAUUUGUGGCGGUCUCGUUGCAGUUGUACAUGCUACUUGACCACUGGACGUGGGUGGAGCUUGCCAGCGAAGCACAAAAGCGGACAGCGGAAUGA